CUCAGGUUGUACCUCUCCAUUGGGUACACCCAGCGAUACUGCACCAGUCCCCCGAGCUCAAUUUCGCGGGGAAGGUGAAUAGGCAGAUGCAUCAUCACGACAAAGAAAGCUGGUGGAUACAACAUUUCCAGGUUGCAAAGUAUAACUGGAAUGUUAUCACUGAGUUUCCAGACAGUUGACUUCGAUGUUCUUGAACACAACUCAAGAAAGAAUUCACUAAGUUGAGACAAUAUAUUAUAUACUUCUUUGCUCAGGAACCCUUGUGCAACAACAGGCAGAAGGUGUUGAAUGAAGACAUGGUGAUCAUGGCUUUUCAUGCCAGUGAUUGAUCGACCAUCAGUAGUCACACACCGGGAUAUAUUAGAUGCAUAAGCAUCUGGGAAUUUGAUCGACCUCAACCAAUCACAAAAUGGCCUUAGUUGUGCGGUUUUUAUGGUGUAUAAAGCGGGAGGCAUUUUAUACUUAUCACCGUCUCUCACCAGAUGUAGCUCUUUCCUAAUAUGCAUGUCUUCCAAAUCCCGUCUAGCAUUGGCUGUAUCUUUGGUCUUACCCUCGAUAUAUAGUAGUGUAGCUAUCACAUUCUCACUAAUGUUUUUUUUCAACAUGCAUAACAUCUAAAUUAUGCCUCAACUCUAUAGUUUUCCAAUAUGGCAAACUCCAAAAUGAAGCUUUGAUUUUCCAGUUAUUUAGAAUAUCAUCAGAACUUCCCCUUUUCCUUUUCCCACAACCAUUCACAACCACAUCAGAGAGAAAGGCCUUAUCUAUUUGCUGCAAAAGUUGAUCUCCAGACAACACUCUUGGUUUGCCUCUAAGUUCAUGCUUCCCAUCAAAUUUCCGACUUUUUCUCCACCUAUGGUCAGUUGGCAGCCAUCUUCGAUGCCCCAUGUAACACUCUUUAUGACUAAAAUCCAAACGUUCAUAGCAUGUCUCACUAUUACAUACAGGACAGGCUAAUCUCCCCUUCGUACUCCAGCCCGAUAGCAUGCCAUAUGCGGGGAAAUCGUUUAUUGUCCAUAACAAAGCAGCAUGUAAACGAAAUGUUUCGUUUGAGUGUGCGUCAUACGCACUGACCCCAUCCUCCCAUAAAUCUCUCAACAUUUCUAUUAGGGGCUCUAAGUACACAUGUAUGUUAUUACCAGGCGAUUUCUCUCCAGGUAUAAGGACAGCAAGAAUAAAAUAAGGUUCUGUCAAACAUUUCCAAGGCGGGAGAUUGUACGGUGUUAACACGACAGGCCACAUGCUAUAGCUAUUGCUCAUGUUCCCAAAAGGAUUGAACCCAUCACUUAGAAGAGCAAGGCGAACAUUGCUAGGGUCUGCAGAAAACCAACUAUGUUCCUCAUCGAAUCGUUUCCAAGUUUUUCCAUCUGCCGGAUGCCUUAACGUAUCAUCAUCGACACGCAAGUCCUUGUGCCACCUCAUGUCUUUAGCAUCCUCCUUAGUCAUGUACAAUCUUUGCAGCCUAUCUUUUAGUGGGAAAUACCUAGCUUUCUUUUGGGCUACAUUAUUUUGUUUCCCAGGUAUGUAUCUAGACUCAUUGCAUUUGGGACAUGACUUGGCAGAUUCUAGAGGACCUCUAUAGAGUACACAAUGAUUUGGACAUGCAUCUAUAGUGGUGUAACCGAACCCAAGAUCUUCCAUGUACCGCUUAACUUCAUAGAAGGAAGAAGGAAGCGUCUCACCAACAGGUAAAGCUUUCUUGACUAGGUCCAGAUUCAUGUUGAAGGCUUUAUCAGUACUGUUGGUUACCAGUUUAUUGUUCAGCAAUUUCAUAACAAAUGAUAAUCUAGAAAAGUCUUUGCAUCCAGGGUAUAAUGGCAAAUUGGCAUCACGGAUUAGCCGAGCCAAUUUAUCAUUGAGGUCUGUUAGAUUAGAAUAAUUAGGUGUUGUUGACCCCUCAAUGACAGGACUAUUUCCAGAAGAAGCACGCAGCAUAUCCCCUAACAUAUCAGCCAUGUCAUCCUCUAAACCCUCAGUCUCAAGCGCAACUGUAGGUUGCCUAGGCUGAUGUCUAGUACUCCCAAAGUCAAACGACUCACCAUGAUGGAUCCAUGUAGCAUAUGUCUCCACCAUGCCAUUCCUGGUUAUAUCAUCUGCGACAAUCUCCAACUUCUUGAAGUUUCGAUUAUUGCACCUUUUACAAGGGCAUCUAGUUCUACCUAGCGUAUCAACAUGUUUGCUGGCAGCCCCUAUGAAUUCAGAAACCCUCUUUUGAUAUUCAUCACAAAACCUAUCCUUAAGCUUAAUCCAAUUUCUACUCAUUCAAUCUGUGCGUAAAGAAACUGACCUUCCCUUUAUAGGCAGUUGGUCAAGAUGGAAGCACAGCGUGAGAUGAAAUAGGAAAGGAUAUACAGAGGGUAUAUGACAAACCAUUAGGAACCAGUUGACUUACACGAUUUCAUUAAAACAAAAUAAUUGAAGACAUUAAUCGAAUCUUACCUUUGCUUAGUGCCUGGGGUGCCUUCUCUCUAUUCUAAUUAGCACAACUGGAUGGUUGAAGGAUCGAAGAUAUAAGCAGCACCUGCCACCGAGUCAAUGACAAGGAAACACAAGAGCUCAUUCAGAUAGAUAAACCACCAGAAUAGUCUUAAGCUAAAUUAGCAUUACACGGUAGCCACGGGAGGGAGGGACGACGCUUACCUAUUUCUGAGACCAGCGAGUUUGCUAUGGGAAACGAGGGAGGGAGAAAGACCAGCGAGUUUGCUCUCCAAUCCGUAAAGAAAUUUAGGUUUCGGAGAUUGGGGAUCUUUGAACUGCGGUGGUGACGGGGCGAUUGGUGGAACAUCUACGACGAUGGAAAUCCCGCCGGUGAGUGGCCGGCCCGAUUGGUGGAGGACGGGUAAAGGAUCGAGGUCGUUGGAAUAUUGAUGGUGACUUUUAUGUCGGGUUCCUUUGGAUUUUGAUGGACUGCGCAAUUUGAAGAGACAAGGAAAGGAGUAUAAUUGUUCUCCCGAGGGAAAGAGGUUGCAGUCUAAAAACACCAAGUAUGACGAAAUGUCAUUGUCACAUCUCGAGACCACUAUAUUAUGACCAACAUUACAUUUGGUCAGAUCGGCGAGGGCUUAUGGUUCUCUAUUGUGACAAACCAAUUUGUCAUUUAAACAAUUCAUCAAGACAUAAUAUGACAAACGAUACUUUGACGAUGACAUUUUGUCACUUUAUGUCUCUUACAACCCGAUGUGGGUUACCUAUUUUGACGAACCAUAUAGUGACACACAAAUUUGGUCACGUUAUUGACUUUAACUGACAACGUAUUCUGACAAAACGAUAUUUUGUCACCUUAGGAGUACCAAAUGCGACAUUUAUACUUUUUGUCAUAUUAUAGGAUCUAUUAUGACAAAAGGAAAAUGACAAAAAAAAUUUUUUUUUUGUCCUAAUAGGCCGAAUUUGUUGUAGUGAAUAGUUGAUUCAUGGUGGAUAUCAGUUAGCAAACUUUGAAUACUAAUCUGUGCUCUCUAGAUACUUUAGUACUUGGUUCAUGUAUGUUCGAUAUCAGUUAGUAGCUGCUAAUGAAUCUUCAAGUUAGCAUAUUAACUUUCCCCGCUCGUAGUGAUCUCACUGAGUGGAUAUGAAUUUUAGUAUAUUUGGGUGAUUUGCUGGAUCCAGAUCUAGAUGGUGAUUUUAAUCCUAGGGAAAAGUUGUUUUUCUGCUUUCUAUAGAUAUUUGUCUAUGUAAACUUUACUAAUAUAUUCUCAUUCGUUUAUACAUGAUAAUCUAGUGUUCAACAACUAUUUGCUAGAGAAGAAAUUGAAAACAUGACAUUAUGUAAAAUAGUUUAUCAAUUGACCAGGAAAACAAGUAAAUGCUCAAUUGAGAUGAGCUCAAUGCCAAAAUGGAAUUGCUACGAGCAAAUCUUAUAAUAAGUAAAUAAGUAGAGUGCUUGAAUGUGAAGUAGUUUGUAAAGUACAAUGAUCGAAUAUAAAUAGGCAAUUCAAGUAGAUGGACAAUUAUGACUGGGCAUGAAUGUUUGAGAUGAAUUUGUCAAACAUAAAAAUGAGAUAUGAUGUUAUUAAGAAGGUGAAAGAGUAAGAGCACCAAACUGUUUGGAGUUUCUUGGCCUAAGAAAAGCCUUCUUCUACUUGAUCUCGCAAAUUUGCUACGUCAAUCCCCACUGAACUUUGACCAAGAGCGAGAGUCGAACAAAGGAUCUGUUUUUUGUUUGUUGUGAACUACUUUCCCCAGAAAUUUCCCUCCCAAUCCCCCUAAAACAAAAAGCCCAAAGAGCUCAUAUAUAGCAAAAAAGCCUUGGCACGUGUCACCGUAUGAUUCGUCCAUUUUUUAUUUUGACUUUGAAGAGUGUGCCUUUGUGUUGUGGUCGGUUGGAUAAGAUAUGGUUAGACCAAAUUGGUCUAGAUCAGAUUGUUGGGCCGGGUUUUGGACCGAAUUGGUUGGCCGAGUUGGGCCUAUUGGGUUUAAGCCGAGUUGGGCUUAAUCAGAUCUGGGCUUGAAUUGACUGUAGUUCUCUUCUUUUGCAGGUCCCUACGUAUGGGCCCAAGUUAUGCACACCUUUGGAAUUUCGUUUACUACUUUUGUUGUAAUCACAUAGUCUUGUAUACUUGUAACAGUGAUUUAUUCGUCAAUCAAGGGCAUGUAUACGAUGUAAAGAGGUUAGACUAAAGAAAUGUAUCUCGAUCGAUCAAAACCCAACCUCGUUGCACUCAAAUUCCAAAUGUUAGAACCUCGAUUAGCCCUAAACAUUAUGUUAAUGAGUAUUUAUUGACUUGCAACUGCUAAUCUUAACCAAAUUAUUUCAAACUUCCUUUCCAAAUAUCAUUGUGAUGCUACAAUUAGCAUGGUUGCUCCGGACAAAAUGUGGUGUCUACACUAUAAACAAACCUAAAAUCUUAAAACAUGUCUUUUCAACAAUUACCUGGCCACUGAAUCUCGUGUAAGUACUUAUGUGUUUUGAUACUUUGAUUUUCAUACAUUGAUUAUUUUAUAUUUAUAGUUUAAUACUCAAAUUUGAAUGUCUAUAUAACUUAUAUGUAUAUGAUAACCCUAAAAUUGCAGCCCGAAUAUCAUUGCUUCAAAUAUUGCAUAUCGAAUUACAAUAUUAAAUAUAUAAAAGUGAUGUCAAAUUCUUAAAUUACUAUUAGUUUUUAGAACUACUAUGAAGCAAUUAUAUCUUUGUGCCAACUAUAUGAGACUGGUUCUUUUAACAUUUUAUUUAGGUCAACCGCUAUGUUUAAACCAGUUCCUAAUCUGGCAUGAUUGGAUCCAAAGAUCAUUAUACGAGAUUGAGUUUAGUAGGAUGGUUCACCAUUUUUUGGCGUGUUAAUGAAUUUGUAGGGAAAUGGCAUUUCUACAUCUACACUCAUCAAUAAUCACACUCUACACAAAACAUAAAGGUGAAAUGAGAAAUGUGGGAUCCCAUUUCAAUUAGUUGCAUAAAGAGCAAUUUUUAAAGGGGUAAAUUUAGAAGGCACCAGUGUGGCCGGUCUGUUGAGCAUGGAAGUAAAUACAUGUUUUGAUUUAAACGGGCCCAAACUGUGGUUGAACACACUAAUCGUGCACCCAUCGCAGCCUCACAAAAGCUUCCAUUAUACUCGCAAAGCAAACCUACUCUCUUCAUGUACCCAAUGUUCUCACUAAACCCUAAUCUCUAAAACCUAGGCCAAAGAUUCUAACUGGAAUGCACAGAGGGAGCAACCGACGGAUUGUAGCUACCCCCACUAUUAUGACAAAUCAAGAAGACCCUGUUUGUUCAGCUUUAUGGUGAUUCACUUAAUUAACACACUUAUCUCCUCAAUUGUAUUGUGUUAAUAAAGAUCUAAAGGCAACAAGUGCAACAGGUCCAGGGUAACAUAUAUGUAUAAAGUGUUGACCAGAUUGAAUUGGGUUGUUCUAUUUGUAAUAUGAAGUUUUUUUCUUAAUUGCUUUGGUUCGUGAUGCUGCUAUGUUUGAAGGUGACCGACGCAAACAACAAUACAUCUGUAGAGCUAUUCUGAACACAAGGUAGUUGGGGCAUUAACUGAUAAUGAUUUGGGGACUAUUCCAACAAGUACAAAAUUUGGAACAAGCCUUUAUCUUGCAUUGUUUAAUAGUGGUUUGAGAUUUUUAAAAUGAAUCUUUGAUUUUCAAAUGAAUCUUUGAAAAUUGAACCUUAGAAGUGGAAUAUUAAGAUUUUGGAUUAAGUUUGGUUUCGUAAUGCCGUUAUGGAUGUUUAUUCUCUACAAUGCAGCGUAUUUCAAAGUAACCUAUCUCAAAUUGUAGGUCAGGAUACAACGAUGGUACUGAUAUACAUUUAUAUCAUUAGCAGGAAGCAGAUUGUAUCCAUUCUACUAUAUCAUUUAGUUAAAUGCUCAGUUGCUGUUUUCAACUCAAAGUUGUGCUUAAAAGUUGUGAUUGGCCUGAGAAAUGUAUGUCUUUGCAUUAGCCCUUAAUGAUGGUAAAUUUUGGUUUAAUGGUGAAAGUCCAUUUAUUUAGAAGUAAUCCAAUAUUUGAAUUUCAUUUUGAAGUUUGAAUUGGACAAACCUAUUGGAAAAAUAGGCAUGCCAUACAUUAGUGUCGAGGAGGGUUGUUUGAUUUCUUAGGGUUUUGGAUUUUCUAUAGGGUUAUUUGCUAUGACAAAGAGUCCCUAAAGCUAGCAAGGUAUUCCUAUACAAGCUUUUCCAUUGUUUGACUGUUUCUCACCUUUUUCUGUAUCUCUUUUCCUAUUUUGCCUUUUGUGUGCUACCUUCAGCUGUUGGGUCUUCAUUUGUGAGCCAUCUAUACUUUUUUUAAUAGCGCCUAAAAAUCAUUUAAACUCAAUUAGAUAGUAGUUACUAAGAGGUAGGUUUAAACCAUAAGUUUUAUCAGUUGUUCGUUUCAAUAUUUACUUACAAUGGUUGUUUAUGUAGAUUAGUUGUAUAAGUGGGGGUUGAGAUUGAUAAUUCUCAGAAGCAUCAAUAUUCGAAGGCUAUUAUAAUGACCAAAUCUUAAAGUUAUGGUUUGCCUUCAACUUGCUUGGAGCAUUUAAGAUAUGAUUCAAUUGUUCUCUAUGUGUAGUUGAUUUUAGUUGCAUUUAGGGAUCGACUGGCUUAUUCAAAGUUGUUAGUUCAAUUGUUGGUUCGGAGGUCAUCAGGGUUCUGCCCUCUGACUGCUCAUACAUAAGUGGGUUAGAGUAACUCCAUGUGAGUUAAAUAUUAUUAUUCUUUCGAAAGUUUUUUUUUUUUUUUGCUUAGAAAUAAUAUGGACAUUAUAUCCUCUGAAACAAUGCAUAGUUUGAUCACUUGAUUACUAUGCAAGUGGAGUUGAUCUAUCUGAUUGACAUUCAUAUAGUUUACUGGUAUGGAGCUGCUCCUCUUUUUAAGCACAAAUAUGCAUAGGCGGGUAUUUUAAGAAACCCUCCUUCCUCGAGCUGAUCUCUUUCGAUCAACUACAAGUGUUUUUGUUAUUUUUUUAGUUUUCCUUCUUGAAUGUAUAUGCUAAUGUUGCUUUUCUUAACUGCAAACUUUUGAGGGUUCAAGGAGAAAAUUGAAAUAUCAUCAACCUUUAACUUAUAUCAUAUCAAUGCCGAAAUAUCAUGAACCUUUAACUUAUAUCAUAUCAAUGCCUAAUAUUUUGGCAGUUAAUUUUUGAAUGCUUCAACUUUCACCACAAGACGUUGGUGUCUUUUGCAUGAUGUUAAUUCCAAGAAUGAGAAAUUUUUCAGUUCUCUUUUGGGUUUGAAAAUAUUUUUUCUACUGAUUCCUAUGGCGUGGGUUGUGCAUAGAGAUUUUUAAGUAUGCAUGCAACAUUUUCUUACCGAGUUGUGGAUAUUUUGGCUUAUUUUUCUAGUCAACUUAGGUACCUACAUUCAUUGGAACUGGCGUGGAUCUAGAGAACAAUGGAUGUCAUUUAUGUUGUUAUGAAUAUAUCCUUUACGUAGUAUUUAUAUAGUUCCAUUACUAAAUAUUUAGAUUAGAGAAUAGAGAAGUGAAAGCUUGAGACAGUUGAUAAAAUUCUUUAUUUGGAUGUUGUAAUGAUUAAAGUUUUUUUUUAUCUUUAUGACAUUGCAAUUCUUUAUUUGUUAUGAAAAUGUUUAUUUGAAUGAUGACAAUGUCAUGGGUAUUUUUUACCAUUCUCACCCACUUAAUCUCUUACCACAGGCUAUUAUCCAGAGUAUUUAUUCCCUUUCCCAAUCUUUGACCAAUCUUAGAUCCCCAUCUAGGCCAUAACUAAUGGAAGUACUGACAACAUUAAUGCUGAUGUUAUUAUUACCAAAUAUUAUUGUAUGCGUUUGACACAUCUUCCAAUCACUUCAAAAGAAAACAUGAUGCCAUACCACCAUCCCUCCACAACGUUCCUCAGUUUUAUUGUCAUUCUCUUUUUCUUGCGAAUGCAGACCAUGGUGGGAAGAUGAACAAACCAUAAGGACAUAGAUAGUAUGUUUUCUUCUUUUUAAGUGUAUUUCAUGCCUAUUGAAAACAUGCUACAUUUGGAUUCUCACCAACAUUUAAGUCUUCAUCUCAAUUUGGAUAAAUAAAUUUUUAUUUCUUUUGACUUUCAAACUUUAAUUUUUUUUCUAAUUACUUUUUGCCACUGUUAGGGGUUUGCCUACUCUUGGAAAUCUCUUAUCAAAAUAGAAUUGAAGUAUUGUACUCGCUUGUCUGGUAGAUACAAUGAAGACUUGCUGGAUGUUCAGUUUAAUUAACUCGAAGUAGGUCUUAUUUUUGCAGUCUUCUUUGCUAUCCUAAAUACUGAAACAAAUUCACGUUACUUAUUCUCUAUUCUGUUAUCAACUAAUGACAAGUGACUAAUGAGAUGUUGUCCUCCACAAUAUUCAUGAGCCAAAAACAUUAUUACGUCCAUACCUAUAAUCCAAUAUUUGGCUAAGCAACCUCCGACUAACGGGUCGGGUUAUAAGCUAGUAUUAUAUAGGUGGAGAGCAUUGGGUGGUUGCACCACAAAUACAUCCAAAUUCAUGCCUACCCAUUAUGUUGUGGUUGGUUCUUACGAGUGGGUAUCAAUUGUAAAAUAGGCGACCCACGAUAAAUUGGGUGGAUGUGGGUGGACUGUGAUUGAUUCACGAUUCAUCGAACUUUUUUUAUUUCCAACUUUUCUCUAACUUAUAGCUUUACCUAAACCAAAAUUCUAAAAGAAACCAACAAAAUCCGUCCAAUUUCGAGAAAAAGAUAUUCUCAAAUUUCUAAUUAUCCUUUAUUUCUAAUGUUGAAUGAAUAUCUUUUCAAAGUGAUUUUUUAUUGAGGAUAAUUGUAAAGUAAAUUGAUUUUUGUGGCUAAAUAUCUAUAUUUUAUGUUCAUUUCCUUCUAUAUUACUUGUUAACUUUUAUUGUUUAUAUCCUAAUUUGGCUUAUUCUAGUUUUCAUUUCAAGAGUGUUUAGUGAGUGAUUUUGUGUGAAGACUUGGACAGUUAGCUAGAACUAUUUUGAAAGUCCAACUUCUUUUUUAUUUUAUUAAUAUUAGAUUUAGACUAUAUUUAUCAGUUGCAUAUUUAUGUGAUUUGUAAAUAAUUACUUAUACUAAUAUUGUAAGCAAAAUGAUGCACUUGUUUAUGGAUUAGAAGAGUUUAUUUAUUUUGGAGAUUUUUCUGUCUUAUAUCUAGAAUAAUAUUAAUUAUGUAACAUUUUGGUAUGUUGUGAACCCAUUGAAUCCAUCCAUCAUCCGAAAUCAUCAAACCCAAUACACCCACAGGCCACACAUACAUGUAUGAGUGAGUGUGUAUUUUUCUCUUUCAUCUAUCAUGUAGUGGGUCGUUCCAACCCCGCUAAAUUCGUAUAAAUCCACUCAUUACUCACUCUAAUAUUAGAAUAUUAACUAUUGUAAUGAUAUUUUUGAACUCUAACAACGUCACUGAGUUGAUUGGAAGAUGUAAUAAAAUAUGAUAACCUACUUUGUUCGAAGCUUAAUAAACAUCUCCGCUGUAGCAAUCUGGCAAUUUCUAUAGCUUGAAAUCUGGCUUCAAACGACGGAAUUCUUUUUUAUUUUUACAUCUAAUUCUUAUUUUUUUUUUCAGCACUAUAUUUCUAAGCGUUCAAGGCCCAAACUGGGAACCAAUUCUACUAUGCUUCCGCCCACCAACCGAUCAAUGCCCCAUAUGGAGUAUUCAAAACAAAAAUCGAAAAAUUAAAACAUUUAACGACAAAAGUAGACGAUUUGUAUUCAGAUUAUAUAUCUGUUGAAAAGUAAAAAGUGGUUCACAUUUGUUCAAAUCAUAUAUUGGUGGAUUAUUUUUAUGAUCACCAUCGCCAUUGACAAACCUCUUGCCCAAGGUAAGAGUCAAUUUUAUGUGUCCAUUUUGAUUAUUAUUGAUUAAAUAUAGUUGCCCAUUUACUCAUUACCGUAGUUCUUGAGAGAUGGAGGUGACUAGAGGUGGGUGUGGUUAACCGCUCACAUGAUAUAAGCGUGUAAGCAAAAUGCUCGUCAAAGCCGGGUCGAACUCGCUUUAACCGGAUUGACAUUAUGUCAAAUACUGAGCGUGUAAGCAAAAACUCUAUAAGUUGAUUUAAGCGUGUAAGCAAAAACUCUAUCCAUUGAUUUAAGCGUGUAAGCAAAAACCUCGUCAAUGUUGUGUGGAGCUCGCUUUAACCGGGUCAACAUUUGGUCAAAUACCCAUUUAUUUAAGCAUGUAAUAAAAAAUCGUCAACGUCGGAUCGAACUUGCUGUAACAUGGUCGACAUUAGCUCAAAUACCCAUUUGACGGGUUCAACUUGCUUAAAUCGGGUAAAAGCAAGUUAAGCGUGUAAGCAAAACCUCGCUUUAACCGGGUCGAAAUUAGGUCAAAUACCCAUUGAUUUAAGCAGGCAAAACUUAUUGGUGAGCCAAAAUUUAUCAACACCGGGUUCAACUUGCUUUAGUUGAGUCGAAUUAGAUCGAAUACCCAUUGAUUUUGGUUCAAUCUCGCUCAAGUAUCAUUAGUUAAUUAAUUGGAACCUUAAUAGAACCUUAAAAUUGAUUUAUGCGGGCAAAAUUUAUUGGUGAGCCAAAAUUCGUCAACACCGAGUUCAACUUGAUUCGAAUUAGGUCAAAUGCCCAUUGAUAUUAUUAGUUAAUUAAUUGGAACCUUAAUA